CCAAUUAUUUCUGAAAGUGGUAUACAGCUCCCCCAAGAGCGGGGUUGGGUUGGGUUGGGGAGGAGAUGAUGCGUUGUGAUACCUGUUGAUAAGACAUUUAUGUACAUACAAACCGGCCCCCUCUGAUAAGAGCUACGGUGGAGAUAAGGGGAACAAAAGCUUCCGAUGCAACGCCGUGGUGCUAUGCAUGUGUAAGUGGUUGGUUGGUUGGUUGGUUGUACUUUUUUGCUCGAUGGGGAUUAGCGCCGGGUGGACUCCCCGAUGUUGAUCAAUUUGUCCAAUUACAGCUCCAGACAAAGCACUCUCACUACCACACCUACUCGGUCAGCUAACAAAACAUCGGAAUCCCCAGGUUUGCAUCCAUCCAUCAUUCUCUGAGCCCCCUGCGCCGUCGUGUACAACCACCACCAUGACACACCAUCCUCAGCCUAUCACGCCCUUUCCCAGGCGAUAUGUCGUUGCUUCCCCAUCUUAGACUAUCGACCCGAUGAUGCACGCGGGGCAGCUGGUUGGUGAUCCGGCACACAGCUUGUGAGACCUCCAUCCUAGCGAGGGAAUCAACGCCCCCUUGUACUGGUUCACUGGCUGCCGUGGAAUCUUGCAUAUAAAACCCUCCGCCAAGGCCUUUCUUUCCGAGCACUCAUAUCUUGUUGUCUACUGCAAUCUACCACCACCGCUACUGCCAAGAAUACCCUCCAUCCGUCUUGGCCCUGCAUGUACACUGCCUAGUGUAGCUUCUCGGCCCGUACCGAAUCACUCACCUCUAGAAAUGGCAGACAUGGAAAAGAAGCCGACCGUGGGCAAUGGGGCUGUCGAGGCGCAGUUGGGAAACGCCACCCCCGAGAUGGACAUCAUCAAUCUGCUGGGGUACAAGCCUGAGCUGAAGCGGAACCGGUCAAUGUUUACGCUGUUGUUUCAGAGCUUGGCUAUUGCUGCUAUACCCUACGGCUUCGGCGGUCCCCUCAUCAGCGCCAUCUACGGCGGGGGCGAGUCCUUUCCUUGCCUACAGAACAAAUGA